CCGGUUAACAUUUUAAGAUAAAAGCCGGUUAACAUUUUAAGACAAAACCAUCGAUAUAACCAUAUCAUUUUUACACUAGACCACUAGCCUUGCCUUGCUUGUCUUCUUACAGUAACAUUUCUUUUGCUUCUUCUUCAUAUCUCCGCUUACAAACCCAGCGAUUAAGCACUUUUAUACCUCAUCUACUCUGUUUUCAGUGGAUGCAUCCCAAACGAGCUUUUUAGUGUGCAGAGAGAGAGAGAGAGAAGAUGGAUGGUGUUAGCAAUCUACCAGACGAGGUUCUUUGUCAGAUACUCUCUUUCCUCACCACAAAGGAAGUUGCUUUGACAUCGAUUCUCGCCAAGAGGUGGCGCAACCUUCUUGCAUUCGUCCCUUCUCUCACCAUCAACGACUCUGAGUUCCUGCAUCCUGAAGAGGGUAAACAGGACAGGCAAGAAAUUAUACAGAGCUUCACAGACUUUGUGGAUAGUGUUUUGAAGCUGCAGGGUAACUCCUCUCCACUGAAUAAACUAUCCCUCAAGUGUGUUACCGUGGCUGACAAAUAUCGUUUGGAUGGUUGGAUUAGCAAUGCGUUAGGUCGUGGUGUCUCGGACCUUGCUCUAAAAAUCAUUAUUGAUGACAAAGUGGAUAACUAUCAGCUGUCUCCAAAAUGCUUCGAGUGCUGCAGCACACUGGUUAGGCUGAAAAUAGCCCGUGGGAUUGAUAUUUCUUUGGUUGGUGGUGGUGGUGGAGUUUCCUUACCGUUGCUCAAAACUCUAGUUCUUGACUCGGUUUGGGUCCGUUCUAAACAGUUUGAGGCUCUGCUUCACGCUCUGCCUUCCCUUGAGGAGCUGCUUCUGUCUAAUGUAACGUGGAGAGAUGGCGAAGUCACAGUGUCAAGUGCAAGCCUCAAGACUCUAACAAUAAAGUCAAGCGAUUGGUUAAGCACCUUAUCAUUCGAUACACCGAGUCUCCUUCGCUUCAAGUAUUCUGGUAGUAUUGUAACGAACUUUAAAGUGGUAGUUGAUAUGGGAGACUUGGUUGAUGCUCAAAUCUUCUUCGACGAAAGUCACAACUCUAUCAUGCAACUCAGAGAACCAGAUGAUGAAUUGUUUCUCUACCAAAAAGCUAUUGAAUAUACCAGUGUGUGGAACCUCUUUCAUGGCAUACGAAAUGUUCAGAAUCUUUACUUGUUUCCUACUACUCUUGAGUUGCUUUUUACUUGCUCUAAGUCGUUCUAUCGGAAGUUGCCAGGGUUCAAAAACCUCAAAUCAUUAGCUGUUAAGAGUGACAAGGAUUGCGGAUGGCAAGCAAUGCCAUUACUUCUACGGAAAUGUCCACGUUUAGAAACUCUAGUCCUUGAGGGUCUCAUGCACGAUGUGACGUCUAUGUGCGGGGAUUUUUGUGACUGCAUUCCUAGGGAGCGCAAAGGAUGUUCACUCGGAUGUUGUCGAGUAAAACUGAUGAAGAUUUACGGGUUUCGAGGAACGGUGAAAGAGAUGUCAAUGAUAAAGCAUUUCUUGUACUAUUUGCCGCCAUGUUUGGAGGAGAUGAGGGUCUAUGUUGAAGAGAAUAAUAGUCCUACAACAGAGCUAGAAAACCGUGAAGUUUAUAAAAGCGUCUUGGAGAUGUUCCAACUCUGCAGCAAGCGGUCGAGAUGCAAUGUCAAACUCAUGGGGCUGAAAAGCAAAACCAUCUCCUAGUAUUUUUUGUCUGCAGUUUUAAGUUUGUAAAAACUGAACCAAUCUCAAAGACUGUAGUUUCUUCUUGCUUGCUUGCUUGUUUUCUGAAUCAUUUGCUAUCGAUGUCUUGUUUUCAUUUGAUUCUGUAACAUGUGUUUGCUAUGAGUUUGUUCUUGUAGUUAA